GUAAACAACUUUUAUUGGAGGAUAAUUACGGCUCUCUAUCAGCACCGUUCAUUUUGGAAACUGAAGGCAAAGCAGAAAACUGCUCUCAAUUUUAUUCUUCAUAUCUCCUGCGCUUCAGUUUAAACAAAGUUUACAUUGCAAGAUUUCAUGGUUGGGCUGUAAAACUAUAUUUGAGCAUCCACACGCAAUAAAGAGGAAGUCCAUGGCUGCUUCUUUGAAUUCUCUCCUGGGCUUUCCCUCAAUUCUGCAGGCAAAUUACUGUAAUCUCUCUAGGAGUGCCUCACUGCAGAAUGCUCCACACUAUCCAUCUUCCUUUCAGAUGCUGGGGUUAAAAAGAUGUGUGCCAGUCACUAGACAGAAUUUAUUUCUUUUAGUUGCUAAAAGUGAUCGUCUUGAAAGGGGAGUUAGUUAUACGGACUCUGUAAAUGCUGAAGGCUCAUACUCUGAAGCUAUUACACCAACUGUGACUACAUCAUCCUUUGAAUCUUCAAAAACAGAGGUUGAAGUGCAGCCCAGUGGUCAAACUGAGUCGGCAGCGCAAGAAGCUAAAGUUUCAAAUGGAUCUGCAACUUCUGCAAACUUGCAACAGGAAGCAGCUUCUUCCAGUCCAAAGCCAACUUUGAAGAGAUCUCCAUUGACAGCAAGAGAGAAACUUAGGGCAGCCCGGGUUCUCAGCCGGUACAAUGAAUCAAAGGCCUCCUCUAAACCUCAGCUGGGUAGCAAACUUAUUGAGGCCUUACGAGAAAGUGAGAAGGGGAAAAAGAGACCUGGACUUCCAGAGGCGCCUACAAAUUUGUUCGAUGAUAGCAAAAGAGGGAUGCCAAAACCAGGAUGGACUUUUGAGUUUCCAGGAGGAUUUGAUGUCUUCCUUCUUGUAUUUUCAUUUGUAUUCAUCAGCACAGUUAUGUUUGCUACAACAUACAUUGUGUGGAAGGUUGGUGCUAUCCAUUUCAACGAGUAUUGAGGUAGAUGGUUAUGUAUAGCUGGUUUCCUUGGUUUUUGGGACAUGGUACUGGGAUACCCCAUCCACAAGCACCCGAGAUGAGCAGAGCUUUGUGUAGAAUAUGUGCUUUAUUUUCAUGGCUAAGAAUUGUACUUUUCGCUCCAGUCUAAGGUUCUUUUGAAUCUAAAGAUCCCAGGUGGGUAGGGAUGGCCGCGUGCAGUUGAAUACAAAAGUGUAGUCUUCAACACUAUUUUAUGGAACUGUCUUGUUGCCUUAUAUUUGGUUUAUGAUUUUUGAUUGAUGAAGUUAAAUGUACAGUAAAUUUGCA